UGUAGUCGUCGUCGUCGUCUUUCUCACAUUUCUCCAGAAACUUGAAACCCUGAAAAGUUGAAAAUUCGAAAAAUGGAGGCACGAAAUCGAAGAACCAUACAUCUCACAGAGGAGAUGUGGGCGGAGAUUAUAGCGAGGUUACCAUUGAGGAUCAUCGCUAGAUUGAAAUCGGUAAGCAAAACAUGGAAAUCAACAAUCGAAUCAGUCUAUUUCCGCCGUCUCUUUGUGUCAGUGCACAAAAAAUCCUCAACGUCGUGGUCACUUAUUUGGUACGGAGAUAAAUAUCUCAUAGAUUUCCAUGGAUGCGAGACAUGGGGUCUUUCAAAGUCUCUACCUUUUUUCAUCCCACCGCCUCUUAAUGUAACCGAGGCUUCUUCCCAUGGAUUGGUUUUGGUUUCAGAGUAUGGUCUUGAUUGCUACUUUGUGGGCAAUCCAGUUUUACGAAAGUGGAUCAAAAUCCCUCCAGCUCCAGCUCCAGCUCCAGGUAGGUCUUCUCCGUUUGGUUUGGUUACUCGGGUGGACAAAGAUGGCUUCGUUUUGGGCUUCAAAGUGGUUAUGUUAGCUAAAGAUCAGGCGACUAAUAACUAUGUCUCGAGUACUUUGGAUGUGUGUCUGUAUUCCUCCGAGACUGGGAUUUGGACUUCCAAGACUAUUCAUUGCCCUUAUCAGAUCACCAACUAUGGUUCUUUGACAUUGGACGGUACUAUUUACUUUAACCAUCUUAGUGAGCCUGGAGUUCUCGUAGCUUAUGAUUUCUAUUCUGCAUCCUCGGAUCAGUUUCGGGUUAUACCUCUCCCGGAUCAUCCCAAUCACGGCUUCGAUCACGACUUCAAAGGUGCUUUGACUACUUCACAAGGGUUUAUCAUGUAUAUCAGAACACUAGCUCUAUCCUCCUCGUCUACUGUUUUCAAGGCUUGGAGGUUGUUGAACAAUGAUUCAUCUUGGCAACUUGUGUGGAAUAUCUGCCUCCCGCUACUUAUAGGUGAUUAUGUACCCAUGGCGAUGCAUCCAUUUGAUAGUGACACUGUCUAUCUAUGGAGUCGGGAUAAUCGUCAUGUGGUGUCAUGUAACUUGGGCACACAGAAGAAGGUAAUCCUCGGAGAUGGUGAUCAUCAAGAUUGUGUCUUGAACCAGUCUGUAUGUGAGGAGUGUAUGGAUGAGAUAUGCGACUUUAAAGUUUCUGGCAGGCAUUUACAAUUGGUGCUCCCACGGUGGAUGGAAUCGGUGCCUUGUCCUCCCCAAGUUGAAGUUGAUGAGGUGAUGGAUACAGCUUCAGUAGUGGCUCACGUUACUGCAAUGCUAGAGAUAAAACAGUCGCAAGUAGAUCAUUGGAAUGAAUGAUUUCAAUUUGGUUUUCUGGUUUUCUUUCUUUUUUAUCUCUACUCUCUAGGACUAUGUAAUGGAAAGCAUUUUGGGACUUGGCAAACUAUUUCAUAUCAUUCAAUUUUUGCUUCUUUGGUUUUUUCAGUCCAGUGGACGAGUUCUCUAUCUUUUGUUAAGUUGUUAAACAAGAGUCGCACUUCUUCAGUUGUAUGUUUUAUCCCACUA